CACUCAUAGACUCAAUACAAAGCUGCUGAUGCCCCAUGGCUAAUAAAGGAUUUUCGUCGACAAACUCUUCAGGUUGGCUCUCGAACUUCUUGCGUCCCAAAGGCACAGGCGUUACAAUCGAAUCAUGCCUCAAUUUGAACAAUUUGAACUCCCAAGUACCGCUUGAUGCAAGGCCGAUCAUCCCGCUGUUGGAAUCCUCUCAAAGCAUAGUAACUAGGACGAGACUGAUCAAGGAAUUUUCCAUUCUUUGUCAACGAUACACCUUUACACACCUCGAAAAUGUAUUUUUCACCAUACAAAAUAUUAUGCAACCAACAGCCCCCAAGGAAUGUCGACAUGUAGUAUUCGAGUUCAUGGCUGCGUGCAUAGACAGUCAAUACGAGAGUCUUGGAAUGGCUAGAGUGACAUUCUACAACGCUUUGAAAGAACACACAGUUUAUGAUGAUUUAAAGGAUAUGUACUCAGUACUUUCAAAACUUAUUAAGGAUGGACGAGAUAUUACGAGCUUCGAGAAGAACAUCACAAAGCUGCUGAUUUCCUGGCUAGAUAUAGCAUUAUCACAUUCACCUGUAGAUAAGGCUGGCGAUAAAAGCGGCUUUAUGACCUCCGCUGUAUCUUCAUCAUCGGUCAACCGAGUAGCAGAUGGAUCAGCAAACGUCAACACUCAUACGACAAGUCCAGGACAUUCCGAAAAUUCUGCCACCAAACACCUUGAGCAAAUCAUUCGUCUUAUAACUGCCAUCAUGAAGUUCAAUUUUGCCAUGUUUGAGGAGGGUGAAGUAACAGAAGUAAUCUUGGCGAUAAAGCGUUGCUUUUGGACCAUUCAGGACGCUGCUGAUCAGAAGGCUUGUCUAGAAUUUGCCGAUGUCAUCAUUCCUUAUGGCUUCGUGCCAAUGGAUGGCCUGCAAGCCUUUUUGGACAUCUUGUGUCGAGCAGCAAUCGUUACCGAUCCCACAUCUCCAUCAUAUCAGCCUGCGACUUUCGCAACGUCGAUCUUCAAAAAUCUACUGCGGUCCCACUGCGCACACAGUGCUGUGCUGACACUUUGCAAAUCAAUGACAAUGCCGCUUACCUCAGGCUCAUCCGAAGAGCUUAUCGCUUUUGGAGCCUUAAUUCUGUUGUCACAAGCAGCUUGGAGUGCGGAAAGUCGUGGAAGUAACUAUGGCAAUGUGACCUCAAGUACUGUCUUAUUAUCGUAUAUGCGACGAGCUCUCCGGCAAAAGAACGCUCUAAUCAACGUUCAAAUUUUCAAAAGCCUAUUACUUUGUGUACAAAAUCACACCAUUAUAACGACUGACUGGGAUAUUUUCUGGGACAUAUGUCGGGAAUACUCUCAGAGCAUACUGGAUGACAUUUCCGAGGACGAUAUUGCUGAUGCUGCUGCGCCCACAAACUCAGUCCACAGCGAUGACACUACACACCAUGUCAAACACUUGUCAACCGAUCACCUAUCAUCGUCCAGUCAGGCCAGCGUAAUACAACAAUUUUUCGCCUUGUUACAACAUAUAAAGCAACUGCACGAUAACAACAAUUAUAAGGGUCCGUUAGACAGCUAUAUGGAUAUCCUUCACUUGAUGCGACGGUAUCUGCCAGAAGAUGUUGCGUUGAGUCUCUUGAGUUACUACGAAUCCGAGCAUUUACUCAUGCCGUCAUCAGCAACCUGGUUGUCCCUCUUGGAAGAGACAACAUAUACUUUUUUCAUAAGCCCUACAUCUUCUCGAACGGUUCGAUUACGAAUGCUCGAUAUCAUCUUGAAUAUAUGCGAUGCAACAUACGAUUUCUACCUAAACGAUCUUGUCAACAGCAUCAUAAUUCCAAUAGCCGGUGUCGUUCAAACCAACCGGGAUAAAGAUGUUAUCGACAAAACCGUCAGUCUCAUUGUCAAAGUUGCAACUGAUUGUAACGAUUACGAAGCCUUUCAAAGUUUGGUGUCGGCGCUGAAUACAUGCUCUAAAUGCAAAUGUCUCGGUCAACCAAGGUCAAUGCGUCAUCCUGAAUCCCAGCCUUCUCAGCAAACCUUAAGUGAAAGGAAGCGCUCUGUUAGUCAGAUGGCUCGCCGCUCAUCGAAGCAUCAUACCCAAGAGAGAACUCCGCGGCCGACCGCCUCUCAUUCACUUUCAACUUCGUCUGAUGCCAAAGCAAAACAAUCUGAUCUACCCAACUCUUCAUCACAGACGCCAUACUGCUUAGGAGUGGCAUCUGCCAGCGGGCUUGUGCAACUAUUUGAUCAACUUCUUCAAGGCUCGGAUCCGAAAUAUUGUCUACUUGUGUUUGACUGCCUUCUAUCCAUAGCAAGAGAUUAUGACGACGAUAAGGUUGUUCAUGACAGUUGUCGAAUCAUAGCAUUUGACGUUCUUCUUCGUCUGAGAUGUCGACCAGAUCAUCACAUUUACCUUUCCACCUCACUGGAAGCUUCGACACAAUACUCUUUUGCAUUGGGAGACAGAAGUAUCUUAAGCUCUGACGCUAAUGGCACUCGAUUUCCCCAAGAGUCUGUCAAGAAUUCAUCAAUUCGUAAGCCAACCGAACAUACUCCAUCCAAUCAAGAGUCACCAGCAAAUACGGCGGCACGUAAGGAUAGUCAACGUGAAGGAGUCCAAGUCCGUGAAAUUCGAGGUUUGGGAAUCACGCAUUCAGACCCAUCGUAUGCCGAUCCAGAUUUUACUAUGUACAAUGAACGCCCAAGUCGAAUAAUUGUAUCGUACAGCCCAAAAGAUAUAUCAAAAGAGGCAGCCAUUGGGAUCUUGCCAGCAUCUGAACUUCUCAGAUGCUACCUGGAUAUUAUCACUAAGGAUAGCAACUGGAACACUGUCUCUUUUUUGAUGGAAUCACUACCUGCUCAAAUGAGCAACAAGCAUCUGUUUUGUGGCGCAACUGAGGUUUUACAGCAAGUUCGAGGAACCAUGUGCGAGCUUAUAACAAAGCAUACAUUCUUGGAAAAUGUGACCAACCUUCCAUCAAACAUCAAGCGUAAUGACCUCAGUAUCCUUGCCUAUAAUGUGCUGACCAUCAUGAUCAGCUAUCGCCGGAUAUUCAGCAAAAAUAAGCAAGAUGAACUGGUAUUCUGCUUUUAUUUUGGUAUCAUGCAAAUUACUAGCGCGACAAAAGCCUGUAUCAAUGCAUUAACGGUUUGCUGCCAUGAACUACCCUUGUCGAUCUCCAAGAUGUUAAACGAAAUUCUUAUGAAAAUGUCUCAAAUCAUUUCUCAUAGUAGUGUGUCUGUGCAUAUUCUGGAAUUCUUGUCUGGUCUCGCUAGGCUACCAAACUUAUAUGCCAACUUCACCGGAGACAUGUACAAACCAGUGUUCGCCAUUGCUUUGAAAUAUAUACAAUAUUCACAUUCUCUCACAAACCCUCAGCACUCUCCUAGCAUCAAAUCACCAAACAUUACACCGUCUACGUCAUCUGGCCAUCUGAAUGAAGCGAAUACGCCUGGCUCCACCAACAGUACCCAGCCAUUUCAAAGCGCAUUUGCUCAAUAUCUUUUGAUUAUGGCAUACCAGGUCAUCACCGUCUGGUUUAUAGCUGUUCCACUACGAGAACGACGUCGCCAUGUCGCAUACAUCGUCAAGGGCUUAUUGAGCGCAAACUCGGCUACGCAGACAAUAGACGAACAAACUCUGACAUGCAUUGACAUGUUAUCGCGAUUCAGUUUUGCAAAUGCGGAUUUAGCACCUAAGAAAUCCGUUGUUUCUGACAUCCUGAUGAAUUCUUCGCUAUCUAAUUCUUCUGGUAGCAAUGGUCCUUCCUCAUCAACAAAGAAAAUGUCGAAAACCUGGUCUCAAGGAAAUACGUUAUUCACAUUGACAUCGGCAUCUGCAACGGGUUGGGUGGAAGCUACGAUUCGCCGACCCUCUGGAACAGUAUCAAUCAUGUGUAAAAUCGAGAAUGAUAUUCGACGCAACGACAUCGACACGUUAACUUUACCAGCAUUUUUGAUGAUGCAUUAUAAUUCAGACGGAGGACUUGGCUUGACGGAUCUUGUGCAACUUUCCGAUCACGACUCUGGACAUCGCGACGGUACGACUACUCAACUCACUAAUGAAAGCAAUACCGAGACCAAUAUGUCAGAGGCAACAGAGCAUGAGAUGAAGCCUACCGAUGAUGCCAAAUCACCGGACAUCAAGUCUGCUAACAAUAUACAAGAUAUUCUAGUUCCACCUACAACUGCAGACAAAGGAUCUUCAACGAUGAGUCGCCUGCGAAAAGAUGAAUAUGCAUUCGACCCAAGCUUCCUGUAUUUACAGUUUGGAAACUAUGCAGAUUUAGCCCAUCUACGAGAAAUAUCUCCACCAUUACCCGACGAUGAUACUCUCCAGCGAGCCCUCGAUAUGUUUGAUAAGGUUCCUGUGGUUAACUUCCAUAAAAUAGGAGUCGUCUAUGUUGGACCUGGCCAGUCUCACGAAAUCGAAAUUCUCGCCAAUCAAUAUGGAUCUCCUGAUUAUGUGACAUUUCUCAACGGUCUUGGUACCAUCCAACGACUGAAAGACCGUAAGAGCAACACUGGCGGAUUGGAUCGUGAAAUGGACAUUGAUGGCAAAUAUGCUUAUUUCUGGAACGACGAAACAACUGAAAUAGUGUUCCAUGCAGCAACCCUCAUGCCGACCAAUCUGGAAAGAGAUGGGCAAUGCAGCCUUAAGAAGAGGCAUAUCGGCAAUGAUUUUGUUCAUAUUGUUUACAAUGAUUCUGGAAAAGAUUACGCAUUCGACACUCUGCCUGGACAAUUCAACUUCAUUAAUAUUGUCGUUUCUCCACAUUCUGAAGACUCAUCUAAGGUUAUCCUCAGCUCACGCGAUGAACUUCUUGGUCCCACUGCUUCUGCUACCAAUGCUCUUGGUGCUGGUCAGCAUCCUGAUCCUUACACUACUUCCACCGGGACAGACAACACCUUCUUUAAAGUGAUCAUGCAGCGACGAGCUAAUAUGUCUGAGAUAGGUCCUAUGGCAGAGUUCAAGAUGGUGUCUGCACAAACACUACCAGGUUUCAUACGUCAGAUGGCUCUUCAUGCGAACAUUUUCUCUCAGGUCUUUUUGGAGUCAGGUGGUGGUGGCCGUCAUGAAUAUGUCUCACAUUGGGUUGAACGUUUACGACAAAUCAGACGUAUUAAGGAACGCCAACCUGGAGCGAACAAUGAUAUGUCUGCGGUGAAAACUAGCAAGGAUGGAAUCAUGGCUCUUGAAGCAAUGUUAGAUUUCACUCGAUAUACCUAAUCCAUGCAUAAUAAAAUUGAUGACUUACUGAUCAAUU